AGAUUGAUGGUUAGUUCCAUUAUUUCCUUCACCAAGUCUCGAAGACUCAGUUUCUCACUUUGCAAUUGUGAAAACUGAGGGUUAUCUGAGAAACAACUGCUGACUAGCACUACAACAACACCAAGUUCGGCAUAUCUCAACACUCGAUAGAGGCCAGGAUAUUUUCUAAACACCAAGAAACCUAAUAAGUCCUCCAUUACCUUUAAUCUCCACUGCUUAACAAUGGGUUAAUCAGAUAAUGUGUAAUGAUAUUUGUAAAGGUCUCAAAUAAUAUGGUUGGGUUCGCAAGAAACACAAUUGUUCAGCUUUACAAAAUCUGGGGAUGGGUUACGGUUUUGAAAAAAAUCUCAUAAGUUUAUUAAGCACUCUUAAAGUGUCGAUGGUAGGACUUUAUGCAUGUGAAAUCUGUUUUAUUUUUAAUCAUUUAGUAGCUGGGCUCUCUAAAGCAUUAUCUAGCAGUAUAUUUGUUUUGAGCUUCAGCUAGUACUAGGGUUCUUGCUAAUCAGAAGAUCAUGCACACUUUUAUAAGCACUAACUGCCAGAACUUCACCAUUAAAUGUGCUUAUUUGAAAUUGUCAGUUUACAUUUGAGAAACAUAUUAUACUAGAUAUUUGUUUUCAAGUAGGUCUCUACACUUUGGAUAAAAGCUGGGUGGUAUUGCUCGUUUUUUAGACAUUAUUAGAUACUUGGUAAUGUAUAGUGCAUACAGAUAUAAGUAUAUUUAUAUAAAAUGAAAAAAAAUGGAUUUUUUUCUCACUUGGUUAAUCACUCUCUAUAAGCUAAUUUGUGGUUGGUAGCCCAUAUAGUUCAUACAAUUUUGUCCAUUACUUGUAUAUAAAAUCAAACUUGGGUUGUGGUUGGUUAUAUAAUGGUACAUCCUAUGAGAGGAACUAUGAAUUUACGAGGUGGGCGUGCUGGCAAUCACGUAGCAGCCCGUGGUAGAGGAGCAAAAACACGGCCUUGAACACACAUUCUAAGAGACGAGACUAUUUCAUUUUCAGAUGCCUCCACUCAAGGACUGAGUGAGAUCCCUGAGGAGGUGACAAUUCCAGCUAAUAAGGCUUCAAUGUCUAACAUUGAUGUCCUUGCAGCUCUACCCGAGAAAAAACGUGGACAAGGACCAACUAGAAGCACAGAAUUUGAACGUAUUAGCAAAUUUGGCAAAAUAGCAGUAGAAAUUAAGGAUGGAUAAAGAGGAGUAUCAUGUCAGAAUGCGACGAUGUUUUCAACACGUGUGACCGGGAUUGUGAAACUUUAUGCAGGAAUGCGACAUGCAAGUUGGAGCCGUGUUGAUAAACAGAACAAGGAUGAACUAACGAAUCGUGUCCGAGCUGAUUUUGCAUUCGAUUGGACCAAAGCAACCAUCGAGAGGUAGUGACAAUGACACUUGCUCAAAAAUAUAAUGAUUAUUACUACCUACUGCACUGCAAGUACUUGGAGUAUGAUACACAUGAAGCUGCAAUUUCUGGAUGGACAAAGUUGCUGGACAAAGCCGUUUGGCAAUGUUUGUGUGAGAGAUGGGGGAGUGAAGAGUUUAAGAACCUAUCAAGGCGGAACAAACAUAAUUGGUCCAAUCAAAGGAUAAAUCACACGGGUGGCAGGAAGUCUUUUGUUAGGAUAAUGGAGGAAAAGCGAGAACAAGCUUCGAAUUAUGUUGCUUUUUAUAAAGAGGUGCAUUGGUCUACAAAGAAUGGGAGAUUUGUCACUGAAGCUGCUGAGCGGAAUUACAAUAUGAUGGUGGAGCUGUUGAAUGAGAUUCCACCAGAAGAUGCAGGGGAUGAUAAUGCAAAUGUUGUGUUCAAUGAGGUUUUGGGAUCUCAAUCGGGCUAUGUUAGAGGGUUAGGCCACUUAGUUAUAUCUGAACCAUCUGAAUCAUUGAUGUCCAAUAGGAAGUUUAUACGACUUAGGAAGGAGAAUGAGAAGAACAAGGCUGAGGCGGAAGGCUUCAAGAGGAAACUUGAGUCAUUUAUGAUUGAUGUCACAAAAAUACAAGCUUGUUUUGAUGAAUUUGACAGGCUGAAUAGCCGUGUUACAGAAUUAGAGUUACAGAGGGAGUUUCAACGGGAGACUCAGGGAGAUGCCUAGCCAUCCUCCAAUAAUAGAGAUGUGGGGAGUUUUUUUUAUCAUGUUGAACUUUUUUGAACUUGUUGGAGUAUAAGUAAAAUCUGGGUGCAUCCUUUUGUUUAGCAUGUUAGGGUGGAUGUUUUGUGGGGACUUGGUUGGAAGUGGGAAAUUAUGUCAGGACAAAGAUUUAAGUAAAGAGCAUGUAUCCGUUUGAUAGUAGGCCCAUGGAAAUAUAGGAUUUACAAAGGCAUCCUGCAUGGGCUAGCAUGGUACAGCUAUCAGUUACAGGGACUAAAGAUCCCAUAUUAUAAAAUUCAAGUGCCUAAGUAGAACAAAGAACCAAGAAUCCAAGCCUCCAUGCAUACAAGUUUAGGAAGAAGAUCUUCAUUACAUGAUAUAGAAUGAAAAAUCUUCAAUUGUAUGAGAUGCACGAUCAAACUUUAAGUUAAUACAUGCUAGUAAUUUUGUGUAGACUGCUCUAAUGCAUGUUUUAUGUAAAUAUAUGCAUGUUGGUAACAUGCAAUGAAACGAUGUGCCAUUUCAAUAUAUGUAUGUACGAUGAUCUAGCUCCCCUUUCUGUU